UUAACGUGAUCAACAGCAGCGUUUCCUUCCCCGCCCCCCUUUUCCAUGCCUGCAUCCCAUCCUGAGUUUUAGCAACAACUGGAGUGAAGAGUGACUGGAAUGAAAUGUGAGGCUGGCUGCUCUAGUCGUGAAUGCUCUGAGCAGGAACAAGCAGAGCAAGAAAGCCGUGGCAAGAAGCACAUCUGAAAACCGGGGUGGUGGGCUAGAGAGUUUCACCCAUGAGAAAUUUCAGUCAAAAGAAGCAACUUUCCAUCUCGGAUGGAAAAGCACCCGAAACUCCACUGGAGUCUUCUGCAGAAUGCAAGACAGCCGAGUGCAUAGACACCCAAGCGACUUCUCCUUAUCGAUUGCAGUUGUCCCAGGAAACUGAGAAAUACUUGGGUGAGGAAGAGGAAGAGGAGGAGGAAGAGCAGAAGAGACGCCUUUCAAUAUUUGCAUUUGACCCCGCUUUUUCUUCUAGAACAUUAGUUUCUUCCUCGGUGCUCAACAUUAAUGUUGGUGGCCGAACCUACCAUCUCACAUACCAAGCAGUGGCCACCUAUCCCACCACGCGCCUCGGUCGCUUGGUUACUUCCACCGAUCGCCAUUGCCAGCUAGGCCUCUGUGAUGACUAUGCGGCUCAGGGGGAUGAAUAUUUCUUUGACCGAGACCCUGCAGUUUUCCAACUGAUCUACAACUUCUACGCUUCCGGGGUGUUACAGGUACAAAACGAGCUGUGCCCCAACAGCUUUUUGGAAGAGUUGAGCUACUGGGGGGUCCGUCUCAAAUACACGCCCCGCUGCUGCCGUAUCUGCUUUGAAGAGAGAUGCGAUGAACUGAAUGACCAACUGAAAGUGCAGGAGGAGCUCCGUGCUCAGGCAGCUGUCCAGGAGAGCGAGGCUCUCUUCUGCCACAUGCGCUAUGCCACGCAACGGUGGCGCCUUUGGAACCUCAUGGAGAAGCCCUUCUCUUCCACCAUGGCCAAAGCAAUGGGGGUUGCCUCCAGUUUCUUUGUUCUCAUAUCUGUGGUGGCCCUUGCUCUCAACACAGUCGAGGAGAUGCAGCAGAAGGACAAAGCCACUGGAGAGCUACGGCCAGUGUUGGAACAUGUGGAGACCUUCUGCGUGGCCUUCUUCACUCUAGAGUACAUACUGAGGCUGCUCUCUACCCCUGACUUACACCGCUUUGCUAGUAGCACUCUCAAUGCUGUGGACCUCAUUGCUAUCUUGCCCCUCUAUCUUCAGCUGUUGCUAGAGCUUUUUAUUGAUGAGACCCAGACUGGCGGGCAUGGGUCUCAGCAUGAACAGGAGAUUGAGAAAGUGGGCCGAGUGGGCAAAGUAGGGCAAGUGCUACGCAUCAUGCGUCUGAUGCGCAUUUUUCGCAUCCUGAAGCUAGCCCGCCAUUCCACAGGGCUCCGAGCCUUUGGCUUCACACUGCGCCAGUGUUACCAGCAAGUAGGUUGUCUCAUGCUCUUCAUCAUCCUGGGCAUCUCUGCCUUCUCAGCCAUGGUCUACUCUGUGGAGCAUGAUGUUGUCAGCACAAACUUCACCAGCAUUCCUCAGGCCUGGUGGUGGGCUGCCGUAAGCCUCUCUACUGUGGGAUAUGGAGACAUGUAUCCAGAGACUCACCUGGGACGGCUGUUUGCAUUCCUCUGCAUCGCUUUUGGGAUCAUCCUGAACGGCAUGCCCAUCUCCGUCCUCUACAAUAAAUUCUCAGAUUACUACAACAAGCUGAAAGCAUACGAGUACACGGCCAUCCAGAAAGACCGAGGGAAAGUGAAAUUUGUGCAACGAGCCAUGAAGAAGAUGUCACAGUGCUACGAAAAGCAGUCAACCCCAUCCCCAAACCACAGAUACAAUUAAUACAGGUAGUCCUCAACUUAACAAUAGUUUGUUUAGUGACCGUUCAACGUUACUAAGACACUGAAAAAAGUGACUUGCAGCCGUUUUUUCACACAACCAUUGCACGUGAUCAAAAUUCAGAU